AUGUCAGUUUCUGAAACAAAAUAUCAAGACAAGUAUUUGGCUCAUUUCAUUUCCAAUCAUCCUGUGUUUAUUGACUCUUGUCCUUCAAAGAUUGUCGGACCCGCUGAGUGUGGCUGUAGUAAAGAGGCAGGGUGUUACUAUGAAUAUGCUUUCAAUGGAGUUAUCCGUUGUGCGUUUCCUAACCGUCCAAAAUGGCCUCCAUUACUUCAAAUACCUGCUCCCGAAUAUUGGGCUGUGAGAAGUGAGGUUGCUUUAGCCAAAUUCACUUCCUUGCAGGGUUAA